AAUAUCGGAUUGUUGUCCCUACUUGAUGACUUUGUUGUGAUAAUUCCAAUGUAGUCAGUGUAUGACCAAAACAAAAAGAUCAUACAUAAUCAACAUAUAGAUUAAAUACUUGAUUCAGGAAAUAUUCAACGAUUGUUUGAAAGCAAGAGUCGUCAUGUUGGUUUAGAAGUGUCCUAUUAAUCAUCACAUUUUAAAUGGAAGUUUAAAAGUCUUUUAUUUAUUAGUCUCGUUAUAUUUUGGUUGAAGUGACAUAUCUACCGAUGCACACUCGAGGUCGAUUAAAAUGUUUAUCUCUAUGACACGCAGACUACAGAUUCGUACAGCUGGAUGUGAAAAAAUGUAAAUUGGCAUUUGUAACAAAGCUAGUAUUUAAACGAGGAUUAAUUCAUCUAGAUUAAGAAAAGGAAUAUCUGAAACUCAUGGCAGGAGCCAAAUUACGUCAGAAAAGAACAUGUUUGCUAAGUGAAAUUAAAAAAGAACCUGUAACUAUGGCAAUGUUUCCACAAUAUGAUCUGACGAAAGACGUUCGUUUCGAACUUAUGAAGAAAGUGUUUGGAUCUGAACAUUUACACAAGAGACAUACAUUCUUGACUAAAGACACAGAGCGUGAGUGUAGAGCUCACGACAGGCAGAAAAAACUGGUACAAAUAGAAUACGAUAGGGAAAAACAGAAAGUGCAACAACAUUUCCUUAAGCUGUUGAAUAAUACUAAUAUUCCAAUGGAUGAUCUAAGAUAUAGUUACAAUAAUUGGCCUCAUAACUUCCACAACAAACCAACUAAUAAACAAGAGGAACUCGAGAAAGCCUCUCUUGAAUGUACUGUCACUUACAGAGAUGGAAAAGAAAUGUAUUUUCCCGCUAAAAAUAGGAAUGAAAUUCUACCAAAACUGAAACAGAAGGCAGCGAAACCAGAAAUAGUUUAUAGUAAAGGGACGAAAUUUCCGUUGUAUAAAGAAUUCACAAUGUGAAGAUUAUAUGGGAUAUAUUUACCUUGAAAACAACUUUGAAAACAAGGAUUAACUUUUUUCGCUUUUUCUUAAACUUCCCUUUUUUACUCGAAUGGAACGUUUCAAUUUCAUGUGUAAGUAACACGUCGUUUUAAUGUUAUAUCUAUGUGAAAAAGUAGAAAGUUUUAAAAAAUGUUUCGGAAAUAUUAAACCAUAUCAUACACAUUUUUUUUCAUUUUGUCAUAUGAGACACCUCAUAAAACAGAAACAAUUCUAUUUUUGUGUUUUCCUCCAGCAAUUACUUCCAGAUUUUUUUUUAUUGUGUAUGACGUCUUCACACUAAAUCUAUCGGUUGUGUGUUAGUGUAUAUUUUAGUCUUUGAUAUAUGAACAUUUCAUUAGUUGUUAUUGGCUUUCAAUACUCUUAGAACGGUACUUUGUAUUUUGCAGUUAUUGUUU